AGCUGUAUUUCUAUUUCUGAAAAAUUAAUGUACUACCUACUCUGGAGUUCAAAAACACCCAAAAUACGAGAGACAUGACUAACACAACUCACGGUUUUGUAUAAUCUACACAUCAAAUUCUGAUUGAGGUAACCCUUUUUUUCCCAACUCUUAUCAUUUUCGAUUUUGUUCUCAUUAUGCAUCUUGAAUUGUUCGAAUCGGAUCUGUGAAACCCAGUUGGAAAAAGAUUCGAUCCAUAGGUCCAUGUUCCUUGUUGUUAGUGUUAUAAUCAAUCAAGAUUGCACAUUUCUAAGUUCAAUUGAGAAAAAUGCAUAUCACAGUGGACAAGAAUUGAGUUUAGGGUUGAGAAAUUUGUGUUUGGCAAGUGAACUCAUUUAGGAUUGGGUUUUGUACUGGGAUUUUGAUUGAAUGGUUGAAAUAGCGGAAUCUUCGGAAUCUGGGUCGGGGUUAUUGAACUCGACUCUAGUAAAAAUUGGGUGUUUGGCUGAAGAGGAUAAUUGUCACAGGCAAGUUAGCAGCUUUGGAAGUAGUGGGUCCAGGAAUACAAGCCCAUUAGGGCGUAUAUGCUCAAGAAACACGAGCCCUUCAAGGCAGAAAGUGGUUAAGACGAAACCGAGGGGGUUGGAUGAAGAGACAGUAACCACUUUUGUUAAAGCUGUUCAACCAGAUGUUCAAAUGGAAGAUAAUAUCUGGCCGAUGCUCCCAGAAGAUUUGCUGAAUGAAAUCUUAGCUAGAGUUCCACCAUUCAUGAUAUUUCGUCUCCGAUCUGUUUGUAAAAGGUGGAAUUCAAUUUUGCAAGAUCAUAGCUUUUUGAAGUUUCACUCGCAAGUGCCAUCCCAUGGACCUUGCCUUCUCACGUUUUGGAAGAAUUCACAGACCCCUCAGUGUUCCGUAUUUAGCUUGCCACUGAAACAGUGGUUUAGAAUACCAUUCACUUUCUUACCGCAGUGGGCAUUUUGGCUAGUUGGUUCUUCAGGUGGUCUUGUUUGUUUCUCUGGAUUAGAUGGGUUGACAUUCAAAACUUUAGUUUGUAAUCCCUUGACACAGACUUGGAGGACAUUGCCUAGCAUGCAUUAUAAUCAGCAGAGGCAGUUGAUUAUGGUUGUUGAUAGAAAGGAUAGGUCGUUUAAAAUUAUUGCCACCAGUGAUAUAUAUGGUGACAAGUCUUUGCCAACGGAGGUAUAUGAAUCAAAGAUCGAUAAAUGGUCGCUUCACCAGACAAUGCCUGCUGUAAAUCUUUGCUCCUCCAAGAUGGCAUUUUGUGAUUCAAGGCUGUAUUUGGAAACUCUCUCCCCUCUUGGUUUGAUGAUGUAUCGGCUCGAUACAGGGCAGUGGGAACACAUCCCUGCUAAGUUCCCACGCUCAUUGUUGGAUGGGUACCUAGUUGCUGGCACUCAUAAACGCCUAUUUCUGGUUGGAAGGAUAGGGCUCUAUAGUACUCUUCAAAAUAUGAGGAUAUGGGAACUAGAUCACAAAAAAGUUGUCUGGGUUGAGAUAAGCAGGAUGCCUCCAAGGUACUUUCGUGCACUUUUAAGACUAUCUGCUGAAAGAUUUGAAUGCUUUGGACAGGAUAAUCUAAUAUGCUUCACAUCGUGGAACCAAGGAAAAGGUCUUCUUUAUGAUGUCGAUAAGAAGGUGUGGUCUUGGAUUGCCGGGUGUGCUCUUCAAUCAUAUAAUAGCCAAGUCUGCUUCUAUGAGCCAAGAUUUGAUGCUUCAAUAUACUAAACUAGUGCUUAGCUUAAAUUUCCAACAUACUUUUUACCAGGGGACAUUAGCUAUCUGGAUGAUUUAGCUAUCUCGGUUCCUUCAAUUCCCGUACUGCCUGCUGUUCACCGCUGAACUUUCCUUAGGAUCGAUUCUCAAGCUUAAAUUUAAUCCGUCGUAAUCUAUCUGGUAAAAGUUUCGAACUCGUGUGCUUAUUCCCCUAAUGAGCUGAAGUGAUUUGGAUAAAGGUUUCCUUCUGCACAUUAAUGGCUGAGUGUCAUUCAAGGAGGAAGAAGUUAAAAACAUUUCCUUGCUUGGACGAGGGUUCAUGCAGACCUGAGUGUCGGGAAUCUUUGUGAGAUGACCGUGAGGAUGGACAAUUCGGGAGUAUGGAUGUAAGAUAAAGUUUUGUUUCCAGCUUAUGUACAUUGAUUUUCUCUUUGUAAGUAAUUAGCACAUUCUUGUUGCGUUUCCUAACUGAAGUAACAAAAGAUGUCUCUUUAUCUUACAUCUCAGCUCUUUUUUUUUUUGAAAGGAUAUAUCUCAGCUCUUCCUUAUCUCACAACUAUCAAAAACUGCUUUAAUAUACACUUUCAUGUUGAUUUAGCUAUAGGAUUGUUAGACAUUGCAUGCUAGUUAUUAUUUUUCUUUUUUGAGAAAGGUAACAGCAUUGCAUGGUAGUUAUUCAGAUCCACUUAUCUUUUGUGCAGGAUUGAUGUUUAUAAGGGUUUGCUGCUGUCUUAAUUA